AUGUCUACGGGCGGAGACGGAGCUGAUGCUCCCGGGCGCGCUGCCACAAAGCAAACCCUGUCGAAUCUGCCGCCGAUGGAGCUUCUGAUGGGCCGUGAAAACUGGCCGGAUUGGAAGUUCGCUGUGCAGACGAUGUUGGAGGUUGAAGGCCUUUGGGACGCAGAUGAACCGGCAGCAGGCGCCGUGGUCGACCCGGUGAUGGACAAGUUGGCCAAGGGGCGGAUCAUCCUCAUGGUCCACAAAUCGAACUUCAACCACCUCAGGGGGGUGCAAACGGCGAAGGAAGCUUGGACGAAGCUCGAAAAUGUCUUCGAGGAUUCCGGAUUGACUCGACGGAUGGCGCUAAUCAACAAACUGACGUCGACGAGGCUGGACAACAGCGAGUCGAUGCAAGCGUUUGUGUCCGAUAUCCUGGAUGCCGCACACCAGUUGCGCGGAAUCGGCUUUGACGUGACGGACGAGUGGGUCGGAUCGUUCCUGCUCAACGGAUUGCCAGCAUCGUAUCGUCCAAUGAUUAUGGCCUUGGAAAAUUGCGGCCAAGCAAUCACAGGGGAUCUAAUCAAGACGAAGCUGCUGCAGGAGGUGUCUGUUCCGUCGGAGGGGGCCGCGUUCGCAAGCAACAAGCAGCACAAGAAGUCGACGACAAGCCACCAGAGCAAUCCACCCAGCAGUCACCCGAGCACAUCCAAAGGACCGAAAUGUCGGCGCUGCCACAACUACGGUCACAUCGCUCGUGAUUGCAAGAUGAAGAAGCCUAAGAAGGACGGAAGUGCUUGGUGCAUCGUGUUGUCGGCACUCAACGAGGAGGAUGACAACUGGUACUUUGACUCCGGCGCAUCGAACCAUUUUUCGAAGUCGGACGCGAUGCUGGAGGAUCUUCAGCAGUAUGGAGGCACCGUGGUUGCAGCCAACAGAGGGGCGAUGAAGAUCGUGGCGAAGGGGCGGAUGCAGCUCACCCCGAAAAGUUGCCCGGAUUCCCCGAUCGUCGUGAAUGACGUGCAAGUCAUCCCGGAGCUGUCAUCGAACCUGCUGUCAGUCAACCAGAUCGUGAAGCGAGGCUCACGGUAA